CCUUUCCGUCAUCACAUCACGCCUUUUCCUUUGGACAACGCACUCCACCACAGCAAUAAUGGGCGACCGACGACCGCGACGACCUGACCAUAGGGAUAGAGACCCUAGAGACGACCGCUCUCGCAACGACAGACCUCGUGAUCGUGAUCGUGACCGAGAUCGCAGACCAUACCGCUCGCGCUCACGCGAUCGAGACCGACGUCGCUCGAGAUCACCAGGACGUGACCACAGAGGGCCAGCUGCGGGAAGAGAUCGCGACUAUGCGCAUAGACCACGGCAUGGAGACCGCGAUGUAAGACGUCACGACGAAAGCGACGACAGGGACCGAAGUCACCACCGCAGAGACGAUGACUGGCGAAGGAACGACGACAGAGGCGAACGGGCCGGCCCUCGCAGACGGGCCGAUGGAGACGAGGAUCUCGACAGGAAAGGAGACCUGCCGAGCCGUCGCUCGCCUUCUCCAGACAGGAAAGCCAACAACAAGCCGCCCAGACCAGAACCGAUGGACGAAGAUGGACACGGCGAUGAGGACGAGCCCGCCGCGGACGACGAGGAGGCCGCCAUGGCCGCCAUGCUGGGCUUCGGUGGCUUUGGCACGACCAAGAACAAAAAGGUUCGGGGCAACGACGUGGGCGCUGUGCGCAAGGAGACCAAGAGCGAGUACAGGCAGUACAUGAACCGCCAGGGUGGGUUCAACAGGCCGCUGAGUCCAGGACGGUAGCAUUGUUUCGACGAAAUCAUCAUAAUUCACACGAGAUCACGACAGUUGCUAGUUCAGUUAGGGCGUGU